AUGACCAAUCAUACAGCUAAGAGGGAUAGUAUAUCUAUCAACACUAAUGCGAUCGUCGAGCACAACGCCAGCGGCAGCCGCACACAGGUCGCCGCCGGAAGUAGCGGCAGCAGUGCCGCCAGCGAUAUCGGCAGCAGGGUCUCGGACACGAUGGAGGUGACCGUGGCCUUGGAGGACGCGGUCAGGGGCGUCUCCGCCGACAUGGACACGGACACGGACGCGAUGGUGGCGGGGGACUCGGGCAGCAAGCAUAACGGCGGUCGCAGCGCCGUGGUCGUGGGUGCCUCCACCGGCGCGGAGGUUGGCAAGGAUGUGACCGGUGACCAGACAGCAGGUGCCAGCAGUACCGUCAGCGGCAUCAACAGCAUGACGUCCUUUGUAGAGAUCGUGUCCGUACGGGAGGAGAUCGGAGGCAACUUCGUCAGCACGGAGUCGGACGCAAUGGUAGCGGGCGACUCGGGCAGCGAGGGCAGCGGCCGUGGCAGCGCCGUCAGCAGCAUGACCUCAGAUGUGGUGGUGGCGAACGUGGCCGUGCUGGAUGUGGUCUGA